AUGAAUACCAGCACAUCUCAUACUAUCCUUUGCGGAGUUUACUUUCCUUGCCUUCUGAUCUUCACCAUAAGACUACUUUUGGUUUCAGGGGAAUCUUUUCCCAUUUACAGUUCUUCAGGGGGCAUCAGUUCAGAUGAAGAUGACAUUGAAUUCGUCGUUAAGCAGGCCAACAUUAUGUUCCUUAAGUAUCCCUUUUUAAAUUCUGACGCUGCCGUCGAGGGCGCCGCAAGAAACGUGCUUGCUGUGAAGGCUCAAGCUCCCUCAAGUAUUAGCCUCAGCAAUUAUAUGAAUCUCCAGUACUACAGUGUUAUUGAAGUUGGAGUUCCACCUCAAAAGUUCAAUGUGCAGGUUGACACUGGAUCAACUUCCCUUUGGGUAGCUUCCUUUGAUCCGAGGGAUAAGAGUAAAAGUAGAUUGGGGUCGGAUGAGAUCGCUGGAGCACUAUUCAACGUAGCUAAAUCUUCUACCUUUGUUGCUACGAAGGCAAUUUACAGCAUGUUCUAUGCGGAUUCAUCUUAUGCCAAUGGAUACGUGGGUGCUGAUACCGUCUCUCAAGGCUCGUUUAAAGUUGAUGGCCAGAAGUUUGGAGUAGUAACUGCCACCUCUACAGGAAUGUACAUAUCAGAUGCCUCAGGUGUGCUUGGGAUGGGAUUCGCAUCCGCAGAGCCAGAGCGACCUGCACCGUUUUGGCAGACCGCAAAUGUUGAAUCCUUUGCCAUCGGAAUGUCUGGUUUCACCAAAGACUCGUCAAGAUCUUCCUCGGCGCUUCACCCAGGCGGGAUACUCACCCUUGGCGGUGUAGAAUCAAAAUUGUAUGAUGGGGACAUCAAUUACGUCCCCCUUACAAAUACCUCGCUUUGGCAAGUCAGCGUCGACGGCGUCAGUGUGGGUGGGCAGAUGAUCUCAAAUACAGACAGCAACCGAGUUUUGAUCGAUUCGGGUACAAGUUUGAUCGGUGUCCCAAGCGAAGUCGCCAAAAGUGUUUACAGCCAAAUCCCCAACUCCACACCUGGCACUGGAAACUACAAAGGAUAUUACUCCUACCCGUGCGACGCAUCUCCUGAUUUUGCUAUGAUCUUUGGUGGAAUCACCUACCCGGUUUCCGCUGAAAGCUUCAAUAUUCAACCCGUCAAGGGAAAUCCUAGCCAAUGUUAUGGUGCAGUUUUCUCCACGGGCGCUGUUAGUGCUGCUGCAGGAGAAAGUAUGUGGAUUGUGGGAGCAUCCUUUAUGAGGAACGUUUACACAGUCUUCAGAGCAAAUCCAACACCAGCGAUCGGUUUCGCAAGGCCAGCCGAAGAUUUUCAAGCCAAGCUGGGGUCCAUGAAGUGGGCGGCAAAUUCUGCCAAAAACUCGGCUGCAACAAGUAUCCGAAAUCCGUUUGCGCCUUUGAAGGGGCUCAAUUUUGGUUGCUCUUUAUUGUCCAGUGGAUUGGUAUUCUGGGCAUCUCAAAUUUUGUUGGGAUAA